GGGUGGUAUAUGGAGAGGCCAACACUGGAGGCUGAACUAAUCCACUACAACAUCAAGCUGGACGAGGCGCUCUUUAUCCUCACCAACGAAGGCUGUGCAGUGUCUGGGAUCAAGGACUGUGAUUCGAUGACGACCUGUCAGGCAGGUAAGAUCGACGACCUCAACGCCGAGAUGCAACAGCUGUUCGGGAUAGUAUCAAUGCCUGGGGAACACGGCUUCAUGGGGGCUGCGGGUCUGCUCAUGUUCGGUUCCGAGUUCAACUACUCUUCACGGCCGGACAUCGACGUCUGCCACGGGAUGGACUGCGAUGUGUUCGAAACCUGCCUGAACGACCCAGCUGAACAGGCCAGCGUUCUUUAUGUCUACUACUGGACCACUGAGGAAUGGCACGUACACAACGACGGAAAACAAGUACCGAUCGCAAUGGAGAUCUUCGGCACGGGGAAGUACGACGGGUCCACAGUGAAGGAGGUCAUGAUGCGUUAUGACUUCUUUGACUUCCGGAGAGACUGGGUGGCCUCGAGAGACGAACUGGAGCCGCCAGCCAACGUGUACUGUGUAGACAGGAAGAACUACAUCACCCCGCCCAAAGCUGUACAGAACUUCAACUACAAGUCCGAGCUGGUCCUGAGUGUUGACGUGGAGGUGCCUGAUGGAGACAACCAGACCCUGCCUGUGAAGUUCAGUGGCAUGUUCCCUAGCACAGAGUGGUACGACUGGACCAUGAGGAUCACCAGGGCGGACUUCAUCCCCCCUACCUCCUACAACAGUGACCGCCGCUUCGAGAAUCUCACUACCCGGAUCCACGAGUUUAACCAAGGUCUCUCGUACAUCAUAAUGGACAGGCAACACUACUGUCAUAUACAGCCCAUUGAGAACAUCACCUCUUGGGGGGACGUGAAGGUGAAUAAGGACGGCAGCGUCUCCAUGCAGAGCCCAUGGAACUUUGAGGACAUGAACCAGCCUAUGCAGUACAACGGAGCUCACUGGGAGCGAGGCUUGAAGGCGGACGUCUGGGUCGGCGUUAAAGAAGACAGUUACCUCAGACUCAACGAAACGUAUGUGUGGUACUACGCUACGCCUCUGGAUCACGAUAUCUUAGGGGAAAUACCAGAAUUCGCUCCAUCGCUGAUCAUCCCAACUUUUGACAAAAUCCCUGUCAAGUUGGAAAAGUACAUUACCCAGCUCGAAGCUCUACCCCACCUCACCUACAACAUCUACGGGUUCGACAGCCAGGUGCCCACCACAUACAAGCAUGAUAUCUCCACCUGCUACGCUUCCAAUCAGAUGAGGCAUUUCCAGUUCGACCUGCCCGCGAACUCCCUCAACAAGACUCAUCAAAGGCGCGACAACCUCAUGUACGGGGUGGUGGAGGCCCUGGGUAUAGCUGGCAAGGUCACCCCCCUCAGGAUCAACAGACUGGAGAUCAAACAGACGGCGGCGGCUUUACAGGUUAUCUUCACGCUCCUGGAGAAACCGACGGAGGUGGGUGACGUGGGCGGCUUGACUAUCGACGAGAACAGUAUGAACAAGGCAGCCACCGAGAUACGGAACAAGAUCGAUGGCUCACAGCUCGUGGUACUCGUGCAGAUUACUGGAGGCCUGGAGCCACUUGUCGUUCAGUUGGUGGGGCUGCCGGGGACCAUGAAGGAGAUCCAGAGGGACGACGGCCACACGCGAGGCACCGUCAUCCCCACAGGGUACUCCUCAGGUGACAUGGGUGGCCUGGCAGUGGGCAUGCUCAUCCUGGGUGGUAUUGUGGGAUACGCUGGAAUCUACAUCUAUUCCUCCCGCAAGUAAGCGCUCUAUAACCUGUGUCUAUCUCAGGACCGUCUACACGCCACCUACCUCUCGCAGGGUGCCCGUGCAACGUCAGUGGCUGCAAGAUGGACUUAACAAUAAUUUUAAUUUCAAGCACUCUGGUUGGCAACACUAGUGGUCGAGGGUACCAAUGACGCAAGUGUUGAACAAGUAGUGGCAUUGCUCAAUUAUUACCACCCCCUUGCCAUGUCCUGAACAAAAUAUAAGUAUAUAAGUAAAAGUAUAAAUACAAGACAAAAAUUAUAAGUUACUUUUAAUAAUGUAUAUUUGGUGUUAAGAAUGAUAGUUUUUUGUAUGUAGUAAUGAAUGUUCAGUGUAUGUAGUAUAGCUGAUAGUGUAGUCAUGGAUAUUGGAAAGUUACCCCACGAAAACAAACCCGGGCAACGCUGAGUAUACCAGUUUAUAUAUACACUUCCCGCGACAUGUAUAUACAGUACUGUAUAAUGUCGACCACGCUAUACUUGAGGAUGUUAUGUCUUUUGUGUCAAACUGAAAUGGUAUAACCGUGCCAACUAGUUAACAAUCACACCAAAGUGAACUUAUCUUAAUAACAAGAUUAGAAACUGUGCACAUAUAUUUCGUUGUUACUCAUCCGCCUCUACCGCCGUGGACUUCCCCGUGUGUUGAUGUUGUCGUACACACCUCUCCUGGUCGUAAAUCCA